AUGGGGAGAACGAGAUCUUAUCCUCUCGACGGUGUCAGUGCAGUCUACACGGUCGACGAUGACAUCGAUUUUGAUUUGGACUUGUACGAAUUCAAUACUCUCAUGGGUGGAAACCCAGUUCCAUUGACAUAUGCAACAUCCUCCAUCCAGACAUCGAUUCCGGGCAGGUCUUCCAGGAAGUACGUCUCCAGUUCUGGCGAAAAGUUUGCGAUCUUGGCAACCUCGCGGAUGUUCGGCCACGGCUGCGACAACCCGCAAAACCAAAACCAGCUGACCAACAUCACCUGCCCAGACGCGUCGGCCGCGACCGUGGACCAGGCAAAGCGAUGCUUCAUGGUCGAGUUCUCCAACGUCAGCGAGUUCUUCGUCUCGUUCAGGAUCUUGACGGACAAACCCCGCAAUUACAUCUCGAAGAAGGAAACAUGCAUGACUAUAUACACCUUCGGAGCUCCGCGCGGCUUUCUUUGGUCGGCGCUGGGUCUCGCUGGCGCGCCAUCAAAGAAACCCACGCGUACCCCCGAAAUUUCAUGUUUGAGCUGUUGUUUCUUCUUCUAG